CCUCCCCCCUUCUCUUUCUCUCUCUCUCUCUCUCUCUACCUUGCCUAGUUCGAUUUAAGGGCCUCUCACUUCCUUUCUGCACUUUCACUCCUUCAUCCCAAAGCAAAGCACAGGACCCCUCUCAUCAAUGGAGCGUCCCUCUUGGCCUGCGAACCUCCCCUCCAGCUGCAAGCACGCCGUCGAGGAGCUCCUCCGCGGCCAGGAGUCCGCGAAGAAGCUCCGGGAUCUCUUCAACGCCCUCUCUCGAGCCGGCGCCGGCGACCACGACGGCGCGCGGCACCCGGUGUCCGCCGAAGAUCUGGUCGUCAACGUCCUCCAGUCGUUCGACAACACCCUGUCCCUGCUGAGCCGCGCCGAGCCUGACCCCGACAAGUUCUCGCCGGUCCCGGUCAAGGCCUGCGUCAAGUCCGAGGACUCCGAGGAGAGCAGCAAGACCUCGGUCCCCAGAGAUCGCCGCGGAUGUUACAAGAGAAGAAAGACUUCGGAUACACAGACAAGACUGGACCAUAAUUUGAUCGACGACGGGCACCAAUGGAGGAAAUAUGGCCAGAAAGCGAUCCUCAACUCGGAGUUUCCAAGGAACUACUUCAGGUGCACUCACAAGAUUGACCAAGGGUGUCAAGCGACCAAGCAGGUCCAGAAGAUAAAGGAUGACCCAACCGUUUACAGGACCAUAUACCAAGGCCACCACACUUGCGAGAGCCUCAUCCUCAAAUCCCCCCCGCUCAUCCUGGACUCACCAAGCCCGGGGGACUCCUCCAUCCUCGUCAGUUUCAACACCAGCCUCACUUCCAAGCAAGACAACAACCACCCCUUCUCUUCUUCGACUUUCUCGUCGGUGAAACACGAGCAGAAGCUGCUUGGAGAUGAUGAUCUGACGCCCCGCCACGGCUGCCACGACGGCAACAGCAACAGCAACAACAACCGGUCCACAUCGUCCAACUACUAUGCCGUGUUCGAAUCGGCUGGGGAGAUCUCGGCCCUGUCGUCAGAUCAAGGGGAUGUGAUGUCUAGCUCCCAUAGCUUUGACUUGAUUGUGGAGUCUGAUUUUGAUGAUCUGUUGGACAUUGUUGAAUGUUGAUCUUGGUGUAGCUUCUUUUUUUUUUUUUCAAAAUUUGAGAGGUGCUUCCUUAGCUGAGUUUCCUCGUACAUAUAUGUCCAUGUGGGAGUUUGUUUAGAAGACAGAAGGAGCCAAAUAAUAGCCACUGUAAUGAUAUCUAUGUUGUGGAACAUAUUUUGUAAUUACAUGCAUGGCGUUUUGUCUA